GGAUCCCAAGGCCAUAUUGCUAUCGCCUUGUAAAACUUUGAAUUCUACCUCUACUGUCAAGUUGGGUCGGUAGCGCUCCAUUGGCUUCCGCCCUAGCCUCUUCCAAUUUCCUAUAGUCCAUCGAGGAGCAACACGCCAUCCGCGCGCUACUCCUGCAACAUCGCCCAAAUGGCAAACCACCACCCUUCCCCUACGAUGCAGUUGCAAAUGCAUCACGGCCCGCCAGGGCCCCCAGGUCCACCGCCGGCGUCGAUGCCUUCAUGGAAUCAACAACGGCAGGCCUUCAUGAGCUUGACUGAGAAUGUGUGGAUCGGAAUCGGUUCCGUGUCCGAGCUCAUGGGGAACCACAACGAGGCACUAGAGGCUUAUGAAAGGGCUCUUGCAGCCAACCCCAACUCUGUGACUGCUAUGAAUGCCGCCAGUCUCGUCCUCAGGACGCGCGAGGACUUCCCCAAGGCGUCGGAAUAUCUACAGAGGAUCCUAAAGAUCGAGCCUGCAAACGGUGAAGCUUGGGGCAGCCUCGGUCAUUGCUUUCUUAUGAUGGAGGACCUCCAGCAGGCAUAUGCUGCGUACCAAGCGGCCUUGGUUAACCUUCCCAACCCAAAGGAACCGAGGCUUUGGUAUGGCAUAGGUAUUCUUUAUGAUCGCUAUGGCUCUUUGGACCAUGCAGAGGAAGCAUUCUCGCAGGUCAUGGCCAUGGACCCCAACUUUGACAAGGCUCAUGAGAUAUACUUUCGUCUCGGCAUAAUCUACAAGCAACAACACAAGUACCAGCAAUCGCUUGAUUGCUUUAGAUACAUUGUCAACUCUCCUCCUACUCCUUUGACCGAAGAGGAUAUCUGGUUCCAGAUUGGUCACGUCCAUGAACAGCAGAAAGACUAUGAUGGUGCCAAGCAAGCCUACGAGCGGGUGCUGCAACGUGAUCCAAAGCAUGCAAAGGUCCUACAGCAGUUGGGCUGGCUGCAUCACCAGCAAAGCAAUUCAGUUGCCAGCCAGGAAAAGGCAAUCGAGUACCUGAAUCAGUCCGUUUCAGCUGACCAAACCGAUGCCCAAAGCUGGUACUUGCUCGGUCGUUGUUACAUGCAACUCCAAAAGUACCCCAAGGCAUACGAGGCUUAUCAGCAAGCUGUCUACCGGGAUGGCAGGAACCCCACGUUCUGGUGCUCGAUUGGUGUGUUAUACUACCAGAUCAACCAGUAUCGUGACGCCUUGGAUGCCUAUUCCAGGGCCAUCAGGCUCAACCCCUUCAUUUCUGAAGUUUGGUAUGACCUUGGCACUUUGUAUGAGUCUUGCAACAACCAGAUCAGCGAUGCUCUGGACGCUUAUCAACGUGCCGCCGAACUGGAUCCCAACAACCCGCACAUCAAGACCAGACUGCAGCUUCUCCGAAGUGGGCAAGCUAACGGCGGCGCACCCCCGGGAUCAGUCCCGAUGCCCACUGAUAUCCACCCUCAGACGUAUAAUGCAUCCGGUGCGGUUGGUCCUCCGGGCCCUCAGUGGGCGGGCUCAGGCUCAGGUCAGCCUCCUCAUCAACCGCCUCAGCCGAUGCACAACGGUGGCCCUGGCCCGGGCCAAGGGGCCAACUCGUGGAGUGGAAGAAUUUCCGACAUUAACCCUCCUCCCCAGCCGCCGAAUCCAUAUGCCUCGGGUCAAGACCGGGAGCCCUUUCGUGGUCCCGCUCCGCCGCUUCCCAGACAGCCCAGCCCGCGACAGGAGCAGCAAAUGAGGCCUUAUCAGGAGGCCAGGGCGCCCGAGCCGCUCAGAAGAGGACCUACCCCUCCCCAGGCUCAUUACGCCCCUCCACCCCCUCCUCCUCCGCAACAACCGCACCAGCCGCACCCGCAGCAACAGCUUCAGCAAGGACCACAACCUACUCGGGAAGGGGGUAGUGGAACUAGAGUGAGGAACCCGAACUACGCUAAUCCCCAGAACGUGGUCCCUUCCAAUUCUGGUCCUGGCCCAAACGGCCCUCCUCCUCCAAACGCAAUGAUGCAUUUUAACAACAGUCCGAGGACUGAUGGAAGACCACCUCACAUGCACGAGAACCGCAUGCCGUCUCCCAAGUCCGCCUAUCCUCAGCAUCAGCCGCCGUACCCUCCGCAUGGUGAGCAGGGCGGUCCUGGUGGCCCUGAGCCAGGCCCUCCCCACCCCCCUCAGCCAGGUAUGGCUGGUGAACCUCCUCAUCAGAGGGAGCAUGAUACCCGCCCUCCUUCGGUCGGCCCCAAGAGAAUGCGUGAGUGGGAAGAUGACCGGGAGGUGAAGAAGCCUGCGACGGAGGAGACUCGCGUCCGUAUGGAUGACCAUAGGCAUCGCCGCCCCUCGAUGACUCCGCCACGAAUGGAGCCGCCCUAUGCUCGUCGCAACUCGUCGGAGGCUCGUCGCUUCGACGAGCGUCGUAUGGAAGAUUCCCGUAGGGUUGAGGAGCAGCGCCGCGCUGAGGAACAGCGUCGCAUGGAGGACAUGCGCCGGGCCGAGGAGCAGCGGCACCAGAAUGAGGGAUACCACCCUUCGGAGGCCGCUCAUCAUCCCCAGUCUCAUUCCGCCCCUGCCCAUUUGCCGCCGAUGCAGCAAGGUUCGGCUCCGAUGCAGAACCUCAUCCACGAGCAAGGCCACGGACCCCAGCAGCCAGUCCCCGGACCUCAGCAGCAAGGCCCAGGCCCAGCCCAUCAGCCCGCCCCCGAAGACCGACGGAUGGACCAUCCUCCAGCCCAGCACCCCCCCAUCGUCAAUGAGCCUGAGCGUGCGGCCCGCAAAAUGGACGUUGACGAGGACUAUGACGAUAGCGGAGAGGAGGACAAGAAGGGCGGAAUCAUUCCCGGUCCUUCCUCCGGAUCCGGCCCUGCAGCAAACGAGCCCAAGAACGGAGCCUCAACGAGCGGUAGCUUCAACGGCAUCAUUGGACAAAAGUCAGAAAGCAACUGAUCACGUCAUCUGCUGUGUACCUCGAGCUUCUGCGCGAGAGACAAGACCUAGUGUAUCUGCUUAUGAUACGACAGAGGCAGGAGAACCCAAGAUCCUGUCGAUGUCAUAAUGGUUUCGUUCAUGGAUGGGAAUGUACGUCGACUUGUUCGCUUUAUGUAGUUGAAGAGAGUGGUCAUCUACUCACACAUAUGGAUGAUGAAGACAGAAGGACCUGUGAAGCUCAAGAUCUCAUGGGUGCGAAUUGCCCCAUUUUACCACGUUUUGACUGAUCGUUAG